AUAUCCAUUAAAAAAUAAAGAUAUAGAAGAAUUAUACCGAAUACUGUUAUUAUAAACAAAUAUAACCAAAUUAAAUUCUGUUCCCUUGAAAAACCCAGUGACAGCUUGACUCCAUCACUUUGACACCAAUACUUGACGGAGCUUUCAUGUGAUCUCCGCCCACUAAACGUCACUUCUCUGCAGCUCAGCUGUCAAAGACAUUUCCGCGUGAGUUUCACUUGAAACCGCCAGACAUGCAGCAACUUCAUAAUUACGACAGCACCUGAAGGCAGCACUGGAUCCCGUGAAGCGCGCAUGUGGAAAGAAAGAAAAAAAAAAGCCUAUCAAUAUUUAACCUUUUGCCUUUGAUCUGCUGUGAUUUGAAGAUAAAUUAGCGCAGACUCAGCAGAGCCUUUGGUUUUUGUCGUUGUUUUUCUCUCUUUAUCUUUUAAAAUCGCGGGUGUCGCGCAUGGCUCCCCGGGGGGUCUGUCUGCUGCUCGCGCUGUCCGCCGCCCUGAGCGCGCGCUCCUGCUGCGCCUACACCUGUCCGGCCGUCUGCCGCUGCCGCGCCGACACCUUCCAGUGCAGCGGAGACACGCAGCGGGCCUCCGGUGCAGCGGCCGCCUCCGUGCGCCGCCUGAGUUGUGCAUUUCGCAGACGGCUCCAACAUCUGCCGUUGGAAGAAGUGCCCGCUCAAGCCUUCAAGGAGCUGAUCGACAUCACACACAUUGAGAUCUCCCAGAGCAACAGCAUCACAAAGAUACGGAGGCACGCCUUCCUCUCACUGCACAGCCUGAUUGAAAUUACUGUGCAGAAUAUCAAAAGUCUGAGAGUUAUUGAAAAAGGGGCCUUCACAGACCUCCCCAGACUGACACAUCUGAGCGUCUCUAACACGGGCCUGAAACACUUCCCAGACUUCACAACCGUCUCCUCCCUGGUGCCAAAUGUCAUCCUGGAAAUGGUAGACAACAUGGGGAUUGAUACCAUUCCCGCCAAUUCGUUCCAGGGUGUCGCAGAAGAGUAUGUUGACUUGAACCUGUUCAGAAACGGCUUCAAGAAAAUCAAAUCUCAUGCAUUCAAUGGAACCAAGAUCAGCACACUGAUUUUGAGAGACAACUGGUAUCUCAGUGACAUUGAAGAAGACGCUUUUGAAGGAGCCACAGGUCCGAGUUCUCUGGAUGUUUCCUCCACCGCUCUGAGCUCCCUCCCACCGACCGGAUUGAGGCAGGUGACGUUUCUGAAUGCCACCUCUGCCUUUGCUCUGAAGACGCUGCCUCCGCUGGAGAGCCUGGCCGAGCUGCUGGAGGCCGAACUCACGUACUCCAGCCACUGCUGUGCCUUCAACACGUGGCGACGGAGUCAAAGGGAAAGUGCCUUAAAGAACUUCACAAAGUUGUGUGAUCUCAUGGAAACUGAAAUAGAGCCCACUGCGGAUAGCGAGGACCUCAACGAUUACAUCAUCUUUCAGUACCCGGACCUGGAAUCAGAUUGUCUUAAAAGCUCCUUGGUCAAGUGCACGCCGAAGCCAGACGAAGCCUUCAACCCCUGUGAGGAUCUGCUGGGCUUUCCCUUCCUACGCUGUCUCACCUGGAUCAUCACCGUGUUCGCCGUGGCCGGUAACCUGACUGUCCUGGCGAUGCUGCUGAUAAGCCACCACAAGCUGACCAUCUCCAGGUUCCUCAUGUGCAACCUGGCCUUCGCCGACCUCUGCAUGGGACUUUACCUGACGCUCAUUGCCUUCAUGGACCAGCUCUCCCGCCACGAGUACUACAACCACGCCAUCGACUGGCAGACGGGACCCGGGUGCGCCGUCGCCGGCUUCCUGACGGUGUUUAGCAGCGAGCUAUCGGUGUACACUCUGACCGUCAUUAGCCUCGAGCGCUGGCACACCAUCACCAACGCCAUGCGCGUCAAUAAGAGGCUGCGGAUGCACCACGUGGCGGCCAUCAUGGGGGCGGGCUGGGCCCUUUCUCUGCUGGUCGCCCUGCUCCCUCUGGUGGGGGUCAGCAGCUACAGCAAAGUGAGCAUCUGUCUGCCCAUGGACAUCGACGAGCCGGGCUCUCAGGUGUACGUGGUGGCGGUGCUGGUCCUCAACGUGGUGGCUUUCUUGGCGGUCUGCUACUGUUACGCGUGCAUAUAUCUGAGCGUUCACAACCCGGAGCACUCGGCGCGCCUCGGCGACACCAGGAUCGCCAAGCGCAUGGCCGUGCUCAUCUUCACGGACUUUGUGUGCAUGGCGCCGAUCUCCUUCUUCGCCAUCUCGGCGGCCCUGUGCGUGCCCCUCAUAACCGUGUCUCACUCCAAGAUCCUGCUCGUCCUGUUUUAUCCCAUCAACUCGCUGUGCAACCCUUUCUUGUACACGCUCUUCACGCGGGCUUUCAGGAAGGAGGCGCGGCAUCUGCUGGGUCGCUGGGGCUGCUGCCGCGCCGGCGCCGACUUCUACAGGUCACAGACUCUGGCUUCACACCUCAACUCCACCCCGAAGAUCCCAAACAAGAUCCCUCACUCGCUCAGCAUUUACGCCUAUCACAUUAAGAUGAAGGAUUGCUUUUUAAAUAAGGGCGCCACAUGAGCGGCGUUGGGGAUUCUUUUUUUGGGGAACUUGCUGAGAAUGUUGCAUUGCUUUUCAAAUGUAGGUACGUACGGGUGAAGGGAGUCUCAGUCUGGCACACGGCAAAAUUAGAUUUGAAGUUUUGAAUUUAGUUUUCAGAGUGAGAAUUUCCUCAGUCUGGACAGAGAGGUCCAAUUAAAGGCGGCGAGUGCUGCAGCCUGCAUUUCUGCACAAUGAUGUGGCACAAAGAAGCAGAUAGAUGGAGCAGGAACAAAUACAAUAUUCCAGUUUAUUUGCAAAUCUAUUUUGAAGGUGUAAAUGAUUUUAUCAAGAUUUGUGUAAGACCGUACAAGACACAGUUUUCUUGAAGAUCAGUAAGUAAACAAUGAAGUAAAUAUGAUGGAACAGAAGCAUCCGUUUCAGCUCAUCAGAGACAAGUUGUUGUACUCAGGAGACCCUCAGUUCAUCGCUGAUGUUUUAAUACGGUUUAUUGGUCAUUAAUUUAUCUUGCUCACCACUCAACCCUGGAGGGUCUUUGGGCAACUGGAGUCAAUCCCAGCUAACAUCUGGCAUGAGGGGGAGGAACCACCAUUCACUCUCACACCUACGAGUGAUUUACAGUCACCAAUUGACCAACAACCAACGGAGCAGAGUGGGGGGGUUUUGGGCCUUUUACCUUUAACGCUAUUCGACAGUCUUUCGAAUCAUUGCUGCAGACUUCUAGAUAUACGUUUACGUCUGCAAUGGUGAACUUUACCAAUUAAAUAUCUGAACGGAUGCUAUUUGGGUGACUUCAUUGUACUCAAGGAUCAGUGUGAUAAUGUUUUUAUUGGUCACUGUGAGAAAUGGCAUCAGGUUUACAGAACAUAGUAAACAUUUCACCAUUAUUUAGAGCCUUAAAUCCCCCUUGUGUGGCGCCCACUUCCUCAUUGAGUUAUAAAACCAAGUACACUAUGUAAAAAUGUGCACACUGUUUGCGUGCUGUAUUUGAAGCCAGGAACCAAGACUGUUGCCUAUAUAUUGCUACACUUCACUACAAAUGUCAAAAAUAUUAUCUGCAUUUUUCAGUGAUUUGUUGCUGAAGCCGUCUCACCUCCCACAUGCUUUCUUUCCAGCUGUGAGUAGAUGCUUGAUUGUCUAUCCAAAACAGUGAAAUAUUAAAUUGAUUUUGGUGUC